GAGGAAGAGAGUGCAAACGGUGUUACAGGAUGAAGGACUGUACUGAGAUCCAGACCUUUUACUGCUUGCUCAUUUCAUUUACAAAUAUCAUCAGCUAAGGGCCAGUUUCUGCUGUUUUUUUUUUUUUUUUUUUUUCUAUUCAUAAACAUAUAUUUUGGGAGCUUUUAUUUGCAAUCAGAAGAGGAAGAAAUACUCGUUUCAGUAUAUAUUGCAGCUGCAGCAUUUUGGGGAAUGACAUAACCCUUGCUAAUAUAGAAAGAGAAAUAGAAUGUUAGAAUAGGGUGUUUUUCAAUGGAUGGAAUGUUGGAACGUUAAAUAGAAUGUUGCCGCUCUGUGCUUUGGAUGUGGUCUUCAUCAGCACCUGCCCUGCACGUUUCCUAUGGGCCUGACCAGCAGGAGCUGUCCAAGGUGCUGGAAUGCUCGCUUCUCCCUGCUCUUUGCACUGGAAGGGAACAUAUUGGAGAGCCGCACAAGAGGCUGAUCAGCACUGUCUCUUUCUGAGCAAGGUAGGCUCUCUCUUUGUUUCACUCUCCCUGAUUAAUCUACACUACAGCAACAGACUACAGCAGCUACACAGAGAAAGAUCAAGUGUGCCGGCAGUCACAAGGGAGGGAGUGUAUGAUGAGCCAGACUGCUUGAGACCGUCUGCAUCCAUAGCAGGAAUGAAAGAAACAUCAUUUCACCUGGAGUAAGCCAUUUCAAUGGAUCUUUUUUUAUCCCAUAUUUUCUAUAUAUUUUUGCCUAUCCGGAAUACAUUCAAAUGAGGCACCACAGACAGCUGAGUGUGAUUGCAUUUGGUGGUGCUAUCAGUUUCUGUGUAGUAAAGUGGGGAGACAUCAGGACAACAUUUCAGGGUGUCAUUCAUACAUACCCAUUACCUAAGCCCUGGCAUUGCUGAAUCUGGAAUUAAAGAGCAUCAAAUAGUGCAUUUAUUUCUUUUUCAUCAUUUUGUAUUCAACUUCGAAGGCCAAAGCCUUUAUUCCGGGUGAUUUAUAAGAUAACACUUGCUAAUGAUGCAAGAUUCCACGCUGUGAACUACUUUAGCAUUAAAUGCACUUUAAAUUAAAGAAAAAAAAAAAAAAGACAGCCUACUGCAAGUCUGUUUUAUGGUGCUGAAACACUCUUCAGGAUUGCACUGAGUCAAAGACCCGGGGAAGAGCUUCAAUAGAUGCAAAAUCACCUUUGAUUUUCACCCUUGGCAAAGCAAAUAGACAUUGUUUUUGGACAGAACAUCUUUUUAUUUUGAAUUAUCUCCUGCAAAAUGAUGGGCUCAAGCAAAGAGGACGAUACACUGGAAACAUUUCUCCAGUAUAUUGAAGAUAUGGGAUUGAAGGCUUAUGAUGGUUUGGUUAUACAAAACGCUUCAGACAUUGCCAGAGAGAAUGACAGAAUGAGGAACGAAACAAACCUGGCUUACUUGAAAGAAAAAAAUGAAAAACGCAGGAAGCAAGAGGAGGUGAUUAAACGAAUAGGUGGAGAAGUGGUAAGAGGAACGGAGGCAAGUUACAUUAAUAAGCAUUUCCGUAUGGGAUUUAUGACCAUGCCAGCACCGCAAGACAGGCUGCCGCAUCCAUGUUCUAGCGGAUUUUCUGUGCGUUCUCAGUCACUUCAUUCUGUUGGAGGAGCCGAUGAUGACAGUGGUUGUUCUCGUAAACAACCACCCCCAAAGCCAAAACGAGAUCCGAAUACCAAGCUGAGCAUUUCAUCUGAGACUGUUAACACUGGAACACUAGGCAAGAGUCCAAAGUUCACAGACAGGACAGAUGUGGCAGCAAAACAGAGGCCACAUAGUGAUGAAUAUACAAAGAAGAUUCCACCACCCAAGCCGAAGAGAAAUCCAAACACUCAUCUGAGCACAUCAUUUGAUGAGACGUAUAUUAGAAAGCAUGGUUCCAUGAAGAGUGCUUUGUUUAGAGAAUCUUCUUCAUCUCACAUCUGCAGCACUGCUUUUGACACAGGUGAUGAAGAACCGGUUUACAUAGAAAUGGUGGGAAAUAUAAUAAGAGACUUUAAGAGAGAUGAGGAAGACCAAAGUGAGGCAGUGUAUGAAGAAAUGAAAUACCCAAUAUUUGAUGAUGUAGUCCAAGAUUCCAGAAGUCUUUAUGAUUUAGAUCACGUUAGUUGUUCUUCUCAGUGUGCUACUCCUACAGUGCCUGACUUAGAAUUCACCAAGUCAUCAGUGCCAUCAACGCCAAAGGGCCAGGUUUGUGACAUUCCCCCUCCUUUUCCAAAUCUACUUUCUCAAAGGCCUCCUUUAUUGGUGUUUCCGCCAGCACCAGCACAGUGUUCACCAAAUUCUGAUGAAUCUCCUUUGACUCCACUUGAGGUUGCAAAACUUCCUGUUUUGGAAAAUGUGUCUUAUAUCAAGCAGCAAGCUGGUGCCUCACCACCAUCUCUUCCAUCACAUAUUCCAGGACAUCAGAAAGCAGAAAAAGAUCAGUCACCAGUGUCACAUGGAAGCACUUCAUCUGGACAUUCAUCUUCACCACCACAUCCAUCUACCAUGUACAGAACACAGUCUCCGCAUGGUUAUCCUAAAUCCCAUUCUGCUUCUCCAUCUCCUGUGAGCAUGGGAAGGUCACUGACUCCUUUAAGCCUCAAAAGACCUCCACCCUAUGAUUCUGUGCAUACAGGAAGUCUAUCAAGAAACUCUACAUCAGUGCCUCAUUCUACAAUCAGAAACACACAGCAAGAAUCAAAGUCUGUUAAUGCAUCUACAACAUAUAGUUCAUCUCAAAGUAACUCACGUUCCAGAACACCAACAAGUCCCCUCGAAGAAUUAUCUAGCCUCUUUACCUCAGGAAGGAGCCUGCUUAGGAAGCCCUCCAGUGGAAGACGCUCUAAAGAACCUUCUGAGAAACCACCCGAAGAAAUGAAGGUCCGGAGCCACAGUACAGAACCCCUACCAAAGUUGGAAAGCAAAGAUCGAUCUAGUCACCAUUCAUCACCGUCCUCCAGAGAGUCUAUAAAAGCUCAGGAAUGGGAUGGAACUACAGGAUCGACACAUGUAUCCAGUAGACUAGGAAGAUCAUCUGUCAGUCCAACAAUGCUUGCAGGAAAUAACAGCUCAGAAAUGAAAAUAAGCUGCAAAUUAGGUCGAUCUGCUUCCACUUCAGGUGUGCCUCCUCCUUCAGUUACUCCCCUCAGGCAAGCCAGCCAGCAACCACAGAGCCAGGCAUGGAAUUUCCAAAAGAAGAUAACGUCUAUGCAGUGGCUAUAUGGUGACCACACAAUGAUGGAAAUGAUUGAGAAAAAACGUACUCUUUGCAAGGAGAUAAAAGCGAGGCAAAAAACUGAAAAGGGACUGUGUAAACAAGAAAGCAUGCCCAUUCUGCCAAGUUGGAAAAAGACCAACGGAUCCAAAAAAUACAGCCCUCCUCCCUAUUCCAAGCAGCAAACUGUGUUCUGGGAUACUGCUAUAUAACAAAGACCUAGUGUAAGAACCCUCUGCAAAAUAAAAUGUGCAGACAACACAUUCAUGAAAUUGACCAGUAGUUGAAAUACAGUUCUUAGGCUGUUUUUCACGUAUUACAAAUCAAAGAAGACAGACCUACCUACUUCAAGUCACAAAAAAAAUCAAGAUUUUUUUUUUUUUUUUGCAGAUGUAUACAAAAAAAAUUAAAUGUAAAUACCUAAUCCAUUUAUGAU